CUGUGUCCCCAGACCCGUCCCCAUGUCCCCAUGGUGUCCCUGUGUCCCCAGAGCCGUCCCCAUGUCCCCAAUGUGUCCCGAUGUCCCCAGACCCAUCCCUGUGUCCCCAUCGUGUCCCCAAUGUGUCCCCAACGUGUCCCUGUGUCCCCAACAUGUCCCCAUCGUGUCCCCAUGGUGUCCCUGUGUCCCCAGAGCCGUCCCCGUCCCCGUCCCCGGUGCUGCGGCGCUGCUCGGUGCCGGUGCCGCCGCCGCAGCGCCCCCUGCAGGCGUGGGUCGGGUCCCUGCGGCACCCCGGGGACGCGCUGCGGGGCCUGGCCGAGCUGCACCCCGACGUCUUCGGCGUCACGCCCAGGCUGGACGUGCUGCACGCGGUGGAGACGUGGCAGAGGAACUACAAGAGGAUCAGCCACGCCCGUGUGCUCACCCGCGCCGAGGUCCGUGGCGGCGGCCGCAAGCCCUGGCGCCAGAAGGGAUCGGGACGCGCCCGGCACGGCUCCAUCCGCUCGCCGCUGUGGCGUGGGGGUGGCAUCGCGCACGGCCCGCGGGGUCCCACCAGCUACUUCUACAUGGUGCCCAUGAGGCUGCGCGUGCUGGGGCUGAAGGUGGCACUCAGCGUGAAGCUGAUGCAGGACGAGCUGCACGUCGUGGACAACCUGGAGGUGCCCAGCAGUGACCCCCGGUACCUGCAGGACCUGGCCCGGUUCCGGCACUGGGGCAGCUCCGUGCUGCUGGUGGACGUCGACGAGUUCCCGGAGGACAUCAGCGCCGCCGCCGAGGAGCUCAAAUCCGUCACGCUGCUCCCGGCCCUGGGGCUCAACGUGCACAGCCUGCUGAAGCACCAGACCCUGGUGCUGACGCUGGGCGCCGUCACCUUCCUGGAGCGGCGGCUGCUGUGGCACGACCGGCGUUACUCGGCGCUGUACCCCUUCUGCCUGCCCUACCGGGACCUGCCCUGGGAACCCCGCGACGGGAUCUGAUCCCUGAAACUGGGAUCUGAUCCCCCCAGGCUGGGAUUGGAUCUCUCAAAGUGGGAUCUGAUCCCAAUCCUGAUCCCAGUCCCGUCAGGAAAGGAUUUGGGGACACGGUGAUGUUUUGUCCCUUCUGCCUGCCCUACCGGGACCUGCCCCGGGACCCCCGGGACGGGAUCGGAUCCCUCAAACUGGGAUCUGAUCCCCCAGACUGGGAUUGGAUCCCUCAGGCUGGGAUUGGAUCCCUCAAACUGGGAUCUGACCCCCCAAACUGGGAUCUGACCCCCCCAAACUGGGAUAUGACCCCCCAAACUGGGAUCUGACCCCUCAAACUGGGAUCUGAUCCCCCCAAACUGGGAUCUGACCCCUCCAAACUGGGAUCUGACCCCUCCAAACUGGGAUCUGACCCCUCCAAACUGGGAUCUGAUCCCUCAAAGUGGGAUCUGACCCCCCCAAACUGGGAUCUGACCCCUCCAAACUGGGAUCUGACCCCCCAAACUGGGAUCUGACCCCCCCAAACUGGGAUCUGACCCCUCCAAACUGGGAUCUGACCCCCCCAAACUGGGAUCCGGCCCCGAUCCCGUUGGGAUUUCGGGGCUGCCGGGCGCUGCUGUGGCCAUUAAAGGGAUUUUCGGUUUUUUUUUCCA